AUGGCCGCGCCCAAAAAGAAGACGACGUCGAUCUCCCUCGCCGCCGGCUGCGUCGCCGGCGCCGUCGAGUGCUGCUGCACGUGGCCCAUGGAGUACAUCAAGACGCAGCUCCAGUCCUUCCGGACCGUCAAGGGCGGCCCGGCGCCGCCCUUCACGGGCAUCGGCUCCGGCCUCGCCUACACCGUGCGCACGACGGGCGCGCUCAGCCUCUACAACGGCCUCGCGCCCGUGCUCGCGUUCAGCGCGCCCAAGGCGGGCGUCCGCUUCGGCGCGAACACGCACUUCCGCAACGCGCUCGCGGACCCGGACACCGGCAAGGUGUCCAUGGGCGCGUCGUUCCUCGCGGGCCUCGGCGCGGGCGUCUGCGAGGCGACGCUCGCCGUGACGCCCCAGGAGACGCUGAAGACGAAGCUCAUCAACCUGAACAUGGGCCUCGCCGACGGCGUGCCGCACCUCCUGCGGACCGAGGGCCCCGCGGGGCUCUACGCGGGCUGGUUCUCGACGUGCCUGAAGCAGGGCGGCAACCAGGGGUCGCGCUUCUUCUACAUGGCCCAGUGGCGCCUCUUCAUGGCCGGCGACGCCGAGGCGAAAUUGCCGCGCCACGUCACCUUCGCCGGCGGGCUCGGCGCCGGCCUCUUCUCCGUGGUCUGCACGUCGCCCUUCGACGUCGUCAAGACGCGGAUGCAGUCCACGGGCGCGAAGGCCUACGCCUCGACGGCGGACUGCUUCCGGCAGAUCGCGGCGAACGAGGGGCCCCGGGCCUUCUUCAGCGGCGCGGCCGCGCGGGCCGCACGCGUCGUCCCGGGCCAGGGCAUCAUCUUCCUCGCCGUCGACGUCAUCUACGACGCCAUCGCCGCCGCCGUCGAGCCGCGGGCGAGGUGA